AUGAUUCUCCUCUUCUUCCCCGACUUCCCCCAAUUCAGAUUUCGUAUGAUUCUCUCUCUUUCUUCCCCGACUUCCCCCCAAUUCAGAUUUCGUAUGAUUCUCACUCUUCUUCCCGACUUCCCCAAUUCAGAAUUUCAGAUUUGUAUGAUUCUCCUCUUCUCACCCGACUUCCCCCAAUUCGGAAUUUCGUAUGAUUCUCCUCUUCUCACCCGACUUCCCCCAAUUCGGAUUUCGUAUGAUUCUCCUCUUCUCCCCGACUUCCCCCAAUUCGGAAUUUCGUAUGAUUCUCCUCUUCUCACCCGACUUCCCCAAUUCAGAUUUCGUAUGAUUCUCCUCUUCUUCCCCGACUUCCCCCAAUUCGGAUUUCGUGAUUCUCCUCUUCUCUUCCCGACUUCCCCAAUUCAGAUUUCGUGUGAUUCUCCUCUUCUCACCCGACUUCCCCCAAUUCAGAAUUUCAAUUUCGUUCUGAUUCUCUCUCUUCUUCCCCGACUUCCCCCAAUUCGGAUUUCGUAUGAUUCUCUUCUUCUUCCCCGACUUCCCCCCAAUUCAGAUUUCAUUUCGUAUGAUUCUCACUCUUCUUCCCCGACUUCCCCCAAUUCGGAAUUUCGUAUGAUUCUCACUCUUCUUCCCCGACUUUCCCCAAUUCAGAUUUCAAUUUCGUAUGAUUCUCCUCUUCUCCCCGACUUCCCCCAAUUCGGAAUUUCGUAUGAUUCUCACUCUUCUCCCCGACUUCCCCAAUUCGGAAUUUCGUAUGAUUCUCCUCUUCUUCCCGACUUCCCCCAAUUCAGAUUUCGUAUGAUUCUCCUCUUCUUCCCCGACUUCCCCCAAUUCAGAAUUUCGUAUGAUUCUCACUCUUCUCACCCGACCCCCCCAAUUCGGAAUUUCGUGUAUGAUUCUCCUCUUCUCCCCGACUUCCCCCAAUUCGGAAUUUCGUAUGAUUCUCACUCUUCUCACCCGACUUCCCCCAAUUCGGAAUUUCGUAUGAUUCUCACUCUUCUCACCCGACUUCCCCAAUUCAGAUUUCGUAUUGAUUCUCAAUUCUCUUCUUCCGACUUCCCCCAAUUCAGAAUUUCGUAUGAUUCUCCUCUUCUCCCCGACUUCCCCAAUUCAGAAUUUCGUAUGAUUCUCCUCUUCUCCCCGACUUCCCCCAAUUCGGAAUUUCGUAUGAUUCUCCUCUUCUUCCCCGACUUCCCCCAAUUCAGAAUUUCGUAUGAUUCUCAAUUCUUCUUCCCCGACUUCCCCAAUUCGGAAUUUCGUAUGAUUCUCACUCUUCUUCCCCGACUUCCCCCAAUUCGGAAUUUCAUUUCGUAUGAUUCUCUCUUCUUCCCCGACUUCCCCAAUUCGGAAUUUCGUAUGAUUCUCCUCUUCUUCCCCGACUUCCCCAAUUCGGAAUUUCAAUUGAUUAUGAUUCUCACUCUUCUUCCCCGACUUCCCCCAAUUCAGAUUUCGUAUGAUUCUCUCUUCUUCCCCGACUUUCCCAAUUCAGAUUUCAUUUCGUAUGAUUCUCCUCUUCUCCCCGACUUCCCCCAAUUCGGAAUUUCGUAUGAUUCUCUCUUCUCUUCUCCCCGACUUCCCCCAAUUCGGAAUUUCAUUUCGUAUGAUUCUCCUCUUCUCCCCGACUUCCCCAAUUCGGAAUUUCGUAUGAUUCUCCUCUUCUUCCCGACUUCCCCAAUUCAGAUUUCGUAUGAUUCUCCUCUUCUUCCCCGAAUUUCUUCCCCAAUUCGGAAUUUCAUUUCGUAUGAUUCUCCUCUUCUUCCCCGACUUCCCCAAUUCGGAAUUUCGUAUGAUUCUCCUCUUCUUCCCGACUUCCCCAAUUCGGAGAUUUCGUAUGAUUCUCACUCUUCUCCACUGGGGAAUUUCUUCUCACCCGACUUCCCCAAUUCGGAAUUUCGUAUGAUUCUCUCUCUUCUUCCCCGACUUCCCCCAAUUCAGAUUUCGUAUGAUUCUCACUCUUCUUCCCCGACUUCCCCCAAUUCAGAUUUCAUUUCGUAUGAUUCUCCUCUUCUCCUUGACUUCCCCCAAUUCGGAAUUUCGUAUGAUUCUCCUCUUCUUCCCGACUUCCCCCAAUUCGGAAUUUCGUAUGAUUCUCACUCUUCUUCCCCGACUUCCCCCAAUUCGGAAUUUCGUAUGAUUCUCUCUUCUUGUCAAUUCGGAUUUCGUACUUCUCCCUUCUCGAAUUCCCCAAUUCGAUUUAUGAUUCUCCUCUUCUUCCCCGACUUCCCCCAAUUCGGAAUUUCGUAUGAUUCUCUCUCUUCUCCCUGA